AUGGAAGGCUUUGAAGAUAUUGAAAAUGCAUAUAAAGAAAUAGAAGACGAGAUAAUAAAAACCAUUGACGAGCUAUGCGGAUGCAAUUAUCUGAAAAUAAAAGAUGAAAUAAUCAUGCCUCACAUGAGUGAAAGCCUAAUCAACAAAAUAAUAUUACUGAACAGGCAUAUUAACGAUAAUAGCAACGCUGAAGAAUUUGAGAAAAGAGUAAUGAACGAAAGAGUGAUGCAGAUUAAUGAUAAGUUAAUUUACCUAUUAUGCGAUUAUUACAUUAACAAAAAGGAAAUAGAUAAUUUAAUUAAUUUCACAUCUAGUAAUGAAAAUUAUUUUAAUGUGUUACCUCAAGCGAAAAUGGCCAAACUGAUUAGAAAUAUUGUAGAGAAGAUAUCGAAAAAAAUUCGAAAUAUAAGUACAUUAUAUAUAAUAUUUAAAAAGUAUAUGAAUUGGGCAUAUGAAAAGAAAAGAAAUUUUUUAAGGUGUCGUAUAGAGGUGAAAAUAAUUAUCUUAUUUAUCUUGAAACAGAAAUAUAAAACAGCAUUGAGUUUAAUUGAACGAUUGCUGAAGGAAGUAAAGAAGGUGGAUGACAAAACACUGUUACUUGAAUUGUACAUUGUUGAGACGAAAAUUUAUAUGUUACUUAAGAAUUCUACUAAAAUGAAAGCAUCGCUGACAUUUGCAAAGAAUAUUGCAAAUACUAUAAACACAGCUAUUUACAUUAAUAGUGAAAUAGAUUUGCUAUCAGGAAUCCUAUUUAUAUAUGAAAAAGAUUAUAGAAGUGCAUAUAUAUACCUCUACGAAUGCUACGAAACGUUGUAUACGUAUAUUUAUAAUAGUCAUAACAACACUUUGGAUUUUUUAAGCAAAAAAAAUAACGAUUUUUAUUCUGUUAUUAUUCAUAAUAUAAUUAAUACGAGUACAAUAUCAUCACAAAAUAAGACAAAAAGUAUAAGUCAAAUUAGCCCAUUUUUACUGUCCUUUUACACAUUUUAUGAAUAUUAUGACAGCAGUAAUAGCAUCUUAAAUUUGGACGAAAUGAAUAUUAUUUCAAAUAAUGUAAAUUUAAUAUAUAGUGACAUGAUAUGCAAAAUUAGUUCGAGUUACCAAGAACUUGAUGAAGAGAAGAUUUACUGUAUUACCAAUCCAAUUGAAUUAAAUUAUGAAUUAAUUAAAUAUUUGACAUUAGAUAAUUAUGGAAAUUUGCUAGAAUCUAAAUCGAGUAGCAACGUUACAGAAAGUUCUAUUUUUAUUUUUCCUGAAAAUAAUACGAUAUGUGGAAACUUUGGCCUAAAUUUAAAUAUAGAAAAUUUAAAAGUUAUCGUCCCUUUGAAAUACAUGUUACUAUGUAAAAUAUUAGAAGAGAAUAAUAGAAAAGACAUAAAUAACAUUUUGUGUGAAAAUAAUAAAUUAAAUUAUAUUCCAAAUAAAGAAAUUCAAAUACUGUUGGAGAUAUCCAAAUGUUAUGAAAAUAGGUCUUUAGACGUAUUCGAGAAAAUAAUUAAAAUAAAUAUUUUCCUUAUCAAUGUGGAUAAGGUGAUUUACAACUAUUUGAAAGAGCUGUAUGAAUUGUUACUAGAAAAGAAUAUUUUAAAAAUUAUAGAAGCUUAUAGUUGUAUCGAUUUGAAUUACAUAGGUCAAAAACUAAAUUUAGAUUUAAAUAAAAUUAUUUCAAAAUUGUCUGAAAUGAUCUUAGAUAAAAAGCUGAAUGCUACGUUGGAUCAGAAUAUUGGAAUUUUAAUUUUGUACGAUGACAUGCCAGAGACCAAUAUGUAUCACAACGUUUUGGAAAUAAUAAACAAUUUGACAGAAUCGGUGGAUAUACUUUACCAGAAGGCACAGUUGACGGUAUAG